CGGCUUGAGUGGCCCGGGGUGGGUGACCUGAAGUUGUAGCCUCGCUGCUCUCGAGGCGGAUAAUUAGCCCAAGAAACACUAUAUUCAUUUUUCUGGAUAUGCCGCAGAAGGAUCCGUGCCAGAAACAAGCCUGUGAAAUACAGAAAUGUUUACAAGCCAACAACUACAUGGAAUCUAAGUGUCAGGCUGUCAUCCAAGAACUGCGUAAGUGUUGUGCUCGAUAUCCCAAGGGAAGAUCUCUCGUCUGUUCAGGAUUUGAGAAAGAAGAAGAAAAGCUGACGCUGAAGCCCACAUGACAGUAAAGUUCUGCUGAGAAGCAAACUGCUGCCCCACAUUUCCACCACGCGGGUUUUAUCUAUCCUCCUGACUCUUUCUUCAGGCCAGGUAGCAGCAAAUAUCAAAUGAAAAAGUCAACUAUAAAAGUUAAUAUGCCAUCUAUGCAGAACAAAUAUAAAUAUAUUAAACAAAUAAGUAGAAUGUGAUAAAACUGAGCUGCUAAAAUAAACCUUUUAAGUGAAAA